CCGCCGCCAUGUUCCGGAGCCUGCUGGUGGCGGCGGCGCAGCGGCCCCAGGCCCCGGGCGGGUCCCCGCGGCCGCCCCCCGGCCCCGGCCCCAGCCCCGCGGGCGAGGCGCUGGAGGCGCAGUUCAGCUGCCCCAUCUGCCUCGAGGUGUUCCACCGCGCCGUCGGCAUCGCGGGAUGCGGACACACGUUUUGUGGGGAGUGCCUGCAGCCCUGCCUGCAAGUGCCAUCCCCUCUGUGCCCGCUCUGCCGCAUGCCCUUCGAUCCCAAGAAGGUGGAGAAGGCUUCCAGUGUGGAGAAACAGCUUUCGUCCUACAAGGCUCCUUGCAGAGGCUGCAGCAAGAAGGUGACCCUUGCAAAGAUGCGCUCUCACGUCUCGUCCUGCACAAAGGUGCAGGAGCAGAUGGCCAACUGCCCCAAGUUUGUUCCGGUUGUCCCCACGUCCCAGCCUAUUCCCAGCAACAUUCCCAAUCGCUCAACGUUUGUGUGCCCGUACUGUGGGGCCCGGAACCUGGACCAGCAGGAGCUGGUGAAGCACUGCAUGGAGAACCACCGCAACGAUCCCAACAAAGUGGUGUGCCCGGUCUGCUCAGCCAUGCCGUGGGGGGACCCCAGCUACAAGAGCGCCAACUUCCUCCAGCACCUCCUCCACAGACACAAGUUCUCCUAUGACACCUUCGUGGACUACAAUAUCGACGAGGAGGCAGCGCUGCAGGCAGCCCUGGCACUGUCACUGUCCGAGAACUGAGGGUGCCUGGGGAGCAUUGGACCCCCUUUUGCACACUCAGCCUUCCCACUGGGGAGGCACGGAGCUUAUCAACCCCCUGGAGACCCACUGCUGCUGCUCUUCCCUCUCCUCUCUGUGCACAUCCCACCUUGUUUAAGAAGGUGGCGUGUCCUUAUGUCGCGCUGGACCGGUGAGUGAGCAGAGACUUCAUGCAGGGAGAAGAGAGGAGUCAGCACCGGAGGGAUGGGACCGUUCCUCCAUUAGGCAUUUCAUACCCAUAUACAGAGUAUAUACCUGUGUCCAGAUCUAUUUAUUAUUAGAUGCUUUUUGGCACUGUUUGUCUUCAUGCUCUUUGUUGCAGUUGAAUAGGUACGUCAAACCUGGAUGCAUUUAAUGCAGAAAUGCCCUAGUUGGAACCUGCAAUCAUCCAUCCUUUGUGGAAAGGAAGAAAACGGCACGGAGCAUCCUUUGGGUUUUGAAACUCCACAAGGUUAUUGCCAGAGACAUCGAUCUGUCCCAUCCCCAGUGCUGCUUCCUUUGCUGCCCAGGCCAGGCGCAUCCCAGGGCAGGACGGUUGCCCUCAUGCUGACAAUGGGUUUGGAGGAGUCCACAGCAAUGGCAUCCAGUAAAACUCUUGCCUUCCCCGUUUUGUACCGGCUCUUGUGAUACUGAAUUCUUGCAUUUUUCUACAUGAAUCAGUGUGAUGCCUUUUCCACGUUUUAUAGAGUGGGAACAGAAGCUGUUAACUCUUCACACUGCAAUAUCCGACACUGAGGACAAGAGUAUUUUUAUGGAACAUUAUUAAGAAAGUCUAUUUUUAAAACAAAAAAUACCCCAAACACACAAAAA